AUGUCACAGGGCUCUCGCUCCCUCGACUACCAGAACGUCUUCAUUGACAAGGAGAGACAGCUGGGUAGUGGGGCUUACGGUGCCGUCUACCACGCAAAUUGCGACCAGCUCGCCUGUGCGGCCAAGGUCAUGCACAGGGCCCUCUCCGCUCCAGGAAACCUGGGCGUCGAAACAGCUCUGGAGAGAUUCAAACUCGAGAUUGACCUACUC